AUGCUAUAUACCUAUGGUGCUCGCUGUCCUCGCUCAGAGGAGUCCGAGGAUUCCUCGGUGGCUGACGCGCGAGGAGUAUUCCUCGGUGGCUCCGACGCUGUCUCAAAAAGUCGGACUGCUAUUCGCAUGAGUCGGAUCACUCAUCGUGGUGCCCCUCUAUCUUUUUAA